CGUACACGCUCGUGAUGGCUAUGAUUACGAUGGGUAUAGAUUGAGGGUAGAAUUUCCACGGGGAGGAGGACCUGGAAGUUAUAGAGGCAACAGAAGUGGUGGAAGCUCUGGUGGAGAUAGAGGUGGAGGUAGAAGAGGUCCACCUGCCAGACGUAGUCAAUUUAGAGUUUUGGUAACAGGAUUGCCACCAUCUGGAAGUUGGCAAGAUCUCAAAGACCAUAUGCGUGAAGCUGGUGAUGUAUGUUUUGCCGAUGUUUUUAAAGAUGGUACAGGUGUUGUCGAGUUUCUACGAUUGGAAGAUAUGAAAUAUGCUGUUAAAAAAUUGGACGAUUCAAGAUUUAGAUCACAUGAGGGAGAAGUUUCAUAUGUUCGAGUUAAAGAAGAUGGAGGUUCAAGUUCUCGUGGUUCAUUGGAUAGAGGUCGUUCCAGAAGUCGUUCUCGCUCAUAUUCUCCACGUCCACGUCGUGGUUCUCCGAGUUAUUCUCCUGUGAAAAGAGAUUUUUCACGUUCACGCUCUGGAUCAUAUGACUAA